AUGUUCGUGUAUCUGUGGGUACUUUUCGUGAGUGUGGUUGUUGCCACAGCGAAAUCCGAGUUCCGAUUCAUAUUUGAUACAGUGAACGUUAAGCACUGGGCACCAGAACUUGUUGAGGAGCUGCACUAUUCGAUGAUCCAAAUUAAUAAUCGCAGCUAUAUCAGUGGUAACUUUAUACUCAAACGUAAUAUUAGUAAAAUGGAUGUCAGCUCGUGUAUGGACUUCUGGAAAACCGAUAAUAAAAAGGUGCGCAUGUUCAACUUGCACACGGAAACGUGCUCCUUCUUAACAAUGGUUCAUAAAAACCCGAUCAUGAGCACCUUCUUAAAGAGCUUGAAAAAGCACACUACUGGGGACUUGCAGUGUCCAUUUAAGGCGAAACUAAAUUAUACGCUUACUAAUUGGUAUCUGGACGAACAGGCUUUUCCCAGUUAUGUGCCCGAAGGCAGUUUUCAGACCAUCACGGAAUAUUUUAUUGAAAAGAAAAGGAUAUUUCGCAUAUUGACCAUUGGCAGAGUAGUCUAUUAA